GCUGCUACUCUAGACUCUUUGACUCUGUUCUUUCACAAAUAUUAUUAUCUUCUAGUGAUCGAUGUUUACCAAGCCUGGUGUGGACCUUGCAAAGCAAUGCAAACCUUAUUCAGAAAAUUGAAAAAUGAGCUGAACGAAGAUGAAAUUCUGCAUUUUGCUGUAGCAGAAGCUGACAGCAUUGUGACUUUGCAGCCAUUUAGAGAUAAAUGUGAACCUGUUUUUCUCUUUAGUGUUAAUGGCCAAAUUGUGGCAAAAAUCAAGGGUGCAAAUGCACCACUUGUGAGUCAAAAAAUUAUUACCUUGAUCAAUGAGGAGAAGAAAAUUGCAGCAGGUGAAAUGGUUCGACCUCAGUAUGAUGAAAUUGUGUUUGUAGACUCAGAUUCAGAGGAUGCUGGGGAAGCAAGCUAUGGAAGUGUUGACCAACUAUACAGCAUUGCCAUUAUCAAACCCAAUGCUGUGACUGCUAGAAAAGUUAAAGAAAUUAAAGAAAAAAUUAUCGAUGCAGAAUUUGUCAUAGAAGCAGAGGAUAAGAAAAUGCUCACUGAAGAACAAGUGAGGUACUUCUACAGCCGAAUAGCAGACCAGCCUGACUUUGAAGAUUUUGUUUCUUUUAUGACAAGUGGCCUAAGCUAUAUUCUAGUUGUAUCGCAAGCAAAGGAAAAACGGCCUUCCUGGGAUGGAAGUGAAUCUAAUUCUGAGACGGAAUCUAAAGAACCAUGGGAUGACCACGAGAAGACGGCCAAGUCCUCGGGGAUGAAGCAGAAGAGGGAAAGUUUCCAAGAAUACCUAGAAAGACAACAAAUAUCUCAGUUUUGUGAUGUUGAAGAGAAUAUAAGUAAUACUAAGUUUAUUGAUGUCUUCAUCCCUGAUUUUAAAAAAAUUAAAGGCAUAAAAUUAGAAAAGAUACUGGCAUUACUUCGACCAGCCCUCUUUAACAAAAGGAAAGAGGAUGUUUUGAAUAUUAUUCAAGACGAAGGCUUUAAAAUACUGAUGCAGAGACAAAUAGUGUUAUCAGAAAAAGAAGCAAAAACACUGUGCAUGGAACAUGAAAAUAAAGAUUAUUUUGGAAAUCUUAUAGAAGAUAUGACCAGCGGUCCAUCUCUAGUCCUUGUUUUAGUAAGAGAAAAUGGUUUAGGACACUGGAAACAGUUAAUUGGACCAAGCUCUGUGGAAGAAGCCAAAGAAUACCUUCCAGACAGUUUAUGCGCACAAUUUGCAAUGGAGAGUUUGCCUAUCAACCAGUUGUAUGGAAGUGAUUCACUAGAAGCUGCCGAAAGGGACAUACAGUAUUUCUUUCCUCCUGAACACACUGCAGCACUGAUUAAACCUCAUGUAACACAAGAGCAAAGAGAGGAUAUCCUGACGCUUAUCAAAGAGGCUGGAUUUGAUAUAACACAGAUGAAGGAGACGCUCCUAACUGAAGAGGAAGCGGACAAAAUUUAUUUUAAAAUAAAAGGAAAAGCCUUUUAUAAAGAUGUAUUGGAAGUUUUAUCGGAGGGUCCAUCUUUGGUCAUGAUCCUGACCAAGUGGAAUGCUAUUUCAGACUGGAGACGAUUGAUGGGUCCCACAGACCCAGAGGAAGCAAGAUUUCUGUCCCCAGACUCUAUCCGAGCCCAGUUUGGAAGAAGUAUGUUGAAAAAUGCUGUCCAUGGAGCUUCUGAUAUGCAGGAGGCAGUGGAGGCUAUUAAUAGAGUGUUUGAAGACUUUGUUGCUGAGAACCCUGAGAAAAACUAAAGUACAGUACCUCUUUAAUUAUUACUCUAUCCUCUUUUCUUGUUACAGUGGCUGGGCCUAAGACAAGGCUGUUGUGGAAAGACCAGACCUUUUCCCAUGUCCCUGUAUUAAACCUCACCUGCCAGACACACUCUGCGGUUCCACAGCAGCCUGGGAGCCUCAAAACCAAGCCUUGUAGAUGCCAGGGACCUGGGAGACAGUGGGGCAAGAGAGACACCCGUGGGUUUGCAAGCCUUGGUCUUGAGCUGUCCGUGCCAUCUGCCAUGACUCAGGCUCAUCAGUCUCUCUCCUUGAUCUCCCUCCACUUCUUCACUCUGAAUGGCCAAAGUCUCAUUCAGCAGCCUCAACUCUAUUCUCUAAGUAUCUGGAAACUUGGAGCCUAUUAACUACCGCUGGGUGCUAUAUGAUAAGGGAAUAGAAUAGAAUAUUAGAAAGUGUAGAGUAAAAGGCAAUCAUUUCUAUUCCUUGACAAAGAGGUGCUUACUGGGGAGAAGUAGCAACAUAAUACGUAUGUGGAUUGAGUCUGCUCAGUUGUUGACGGAAAACUUAAAAACUUUUCUAUCCUGGGCAAUGUGGGAGACAGAGUGUAAGACAGAUGAUUUUUCCCAUCAAACCUGCUUUCCUUCUUUACUUUCAAAGAGCAGGCUCACAAAUGUACACCUAUACGACACUGGCUGCUGACAUGAACAUGACUCUACAGCUUCUUCACGUGUGGAGUGGAGUGCCCACCUGGAUGAGUCAAAUGGAGACUCAGCCUCCGGAGCAUAAUAAGGAAGCAAAGUGAAGGGGAGCGAGCCCUCCACACCCAGCAGGUUCCUCAGGGACAGACGAGCAAGCACGCUGUUUCCUGGUAUUACCAUUUAGGCUAUGAUUUCUCCAGGUAUAAGGAGACUGUAUCAAAAUAUUAGAUGCAUGAAAUAAAUUCUGGUAUAGUGCAGCUCGUUCCAUUUGUCUGACUCAACUAUAAACCAAAGCAUGAUGUCACAACCCUUGAACAUUUAUGUUGGGAAAAUAUGUAUUGUAUGUCCGCUUGAACUGUGGGUUCUUGGUUAAUACACCAUCAUGAAGGCUGCUACCUUCAGGGAAAUGCAAAUAUAAUGGGGAGACAAAACUCACAGAAACAAUACCUAAUUAUAACUAUCAUCAGACAGUACAUUAUUAAGCAUGUCAAUGAUGAAUGACUGGGGGGUGGUGGUGAGUAGAACUACAUUCUGUUUAUAGCAUCUAUUAGAAAUAUGGUGUAGAUCUAACAUCAACAUAUCCCUCCCUUUUGUGAUGAGGGGAACAUUAUGAAUAAUACAGGGGAUUUUGAAUUAGUGUAUAUUUCAGGGCUGAAUUGAUGGGUGUAUGUCUGAUGGGUAGGAGCUGGAGAAGGUAAGGGAUGAAAUAGAUCUUGAAAAAUGGGUAGGAUUUUCAAAAUCAGACACAGACGUAGAG